AUGGUGCGUGGCCUAUGCACAGAAACGACCAGUGUGGCGCUAAUGGGAAUAACCCUUUUGAAGUAUAAGGGAACAAAUAAGACCAUAGAUUUGACUCCUUUCGCUAAAUUGAUUGGAUUGAACGCACAAAUUUUGGAUGAUUUGAAGAACUUGACCUGUCCGGAGCUCCACAAAUCAAAAGGAUUCUGUGACGACAUUACUGAAGGAAAAUUAAGCUUCCCCGUCACGUAUUUCCUGAACAAUACAAAACUUCCCCAUCACAAAGAAAAGUCGGAAAGGCUACUGCAAAUUUUGAAGUUAAGAACAGAAGACAUUCUUCUUAAACAGGAAGCCGUGCAAAUUCUUGAGGAUUCCGGUGCUCUUGAUUAUACCAGAAAACGCGUCAAAAAGUUGCAAAUGGACCUAAUCCUGGAAGCCAGCAAGCUUGGGACUAACCCGGAAUUGGUCAAACUUAUCGAAGGAAUAAAGAACAAUGAGGGAUAG